UGAGCUCUCAUAACUCAUCAAACUCUCAUCUUUUUGAUACUAUCGCCAUUCCUCAUUUCAUUUCUCUUUCUUAGCCAAAGAUGGAGUACUCUAGCUUGCAGCGCCAAGUUGCCUACAUGAAGAAGAGGCUCUUUGAUCAGGGAUACCUAGAUGAACAAUUUUAUCAACUAGAAGAGCUGCAAGAUGAAGCCAACCCAAAUUUCGUGGAAGAAGUUGUGACUUUGUUCUUCAGGGACUCGUCCAGAUUGAUGGCCAACAUCGAGCAGGCUCUCGAGAAGUGCCCCCAAGAUUUCCACAGGCUGGAUUCAUUCAUGCACCAGUUAAAGGGCAGUACUUCCAGCAUCGGUGCCUUACGGGUAAAGAACGAAUGCACGCAAUUCAGGGAAUACUGUGAUGAAGGAAAUCUUGACGGAUGCCAAAGAUCAUUCCAGAAGGUGAAGAGAGAGCAUGCCGUACUAAAACAGAAGCUAAAGGCUUAUUUUCAGUUGCUAAGGCAAAUUGGUCCCACCGAAAGAGCAACUCCUCCUGGUGGCUAAGAUGACGAGCCAUGGUGACGUACGGGGCUGGAAGCUUUAAUGACGGUUUAUGAGAAAACAAAAGUCUAGAAUCCAAGACAAUAAACCAUGUGGUUGUAAUAUAUAUUUAAAGUGUGUUGGCAUAAUUCUAAAAACUAUGUAACAAUCUGUAUCACUCAUAAUAUUUUUUUUAUUAGCAUGAUUCUAUAUUAUAUAUAAUUUAUACAUGAG